AUGAAUGUCUUAGUCAAUUCCUUAGCUGUCGUUUACCUCGACAUGAAGCUAAUCAUCAUUGGCUCCAAACUGGCGCAAGCACCAAACGAUAUUGAGGAACAAGAGGUCCAAAAAAAGCAAAUGCAAGAAAACAAGACAAGAGAGAGAAAAACAAGACGCAUUGAACUUGCUUUCCGGAUCCCCAGUUAUUAUCGGAGCUCGUGCAUGAAGCUUGACUCACAUCCUCUUCCGAUCGAUUGGGGACCCAUGUUCAUAACACCCAUUCAUAAUGAUGUGCCGAACUGCGGACGAGAACUGAUGACGACUACCUAUGGGGCUGGUUAUUGA